UGGAAUGCUCAUGAGGGGUGAAAAAUAGUGUGUGAAAAUUUGAUAAUCAAAAAUUAUUUCUUGGAUAUUCAAUUUUUUUUCAAAACUUCUCAACAUAAAAAAUGAUUGGAUUUCACACAAUUGUGUUAUUAAGCUGCAGUUGCGGACUUUUUAUGAGUGCGGCGACAGCAGAUGUGAUUGAACUCAAUGACAAGUUCCUUGAUAUCUACAAAGAGGGGCAAUGGCUUGUGAUGAUGUACGCCCCUUGGUGCUCCCACUGCCAGAGACUGCAGCCAAUUUGGGCUCAUGCCGCCCAAAAUCUUGCAGCAACUUCCAUUCAAGUUGGAAAAUUGGAUUGCACAAAGUACACUAAUGUUGCUCAACAAUUUGAAGUCCGAGGAUUCCCCACAAUUUUAUUUACAAAAGGAGGAAAAACAACGAUUUACACCGGCGAUCGGAGCCACAAGGAAAUCGUUAAAUUCGCUGUACGCCUCAACAGUCCUCCAGUGCAGGAGAUCACAAGAACCGAGAAUUUCAAUAAAAUCCAAAACUUCCUGGAUCUCUACUUCUUAUACGUUGGGGAGAGAUCCGGUGAUCUCUGGGAUAUUUACCACCGAACAGCCGAGGUCUUCCAGCCCUUCACAUUUUUUUACCAAGUUAAUGAAACAUUGGUAGAUACUCACCAACAAUUCACGAAAGUCCCCUCAAUCCUCGUUUACAAGGAAAAUGUUAAUUACAAAUUUACAGGAGAUAAUGAAGACGAUCCCGAUAAACUGAACAGCACAUUUUAUAAUUGGGUGAAUAGAGAGCGAUUUCUCAUGUUUCCAGAGGUGACUCGAGGUACCAUAAAUCAAUUAUUCCUCACGAAGAAGUACUUGGUGCUGGCUGUGGUGGAUGAAAAUGAAUUUGGAGAUGUAGAUCCAGAUAUGUUGGAAUUACGUACUGCUGUUGAGUCUGUAAUUCAGAAAAAACGAGAAAAAUAUCACGACAACUUUCAAUUCGGUUGGACAGUGAAUUCUGAGUUAGUGAAUAGCAUUGCACUGAUGGAGAUACCGAGACCUAGCUUAAUCGUGAUAAAUACAAACACCUCUCAUUACCACAUACCAGAUGACAACCCAUCAACAUUAGAUUCUCAUGCCAUUGAAAUUAUCCUCGAGCAAAUCAGGAAUGGCACUGCCCCAAAGUACGGAGGGAACAGUAUUUUAGUGCAAGUUUACAGAUUGUGGUUCGAUUUGAAGAUUACCCUCAUCGGAAUGUUUAGAGCAAAUGCUAUUUUGACUGUUGUCCUCUUGGGACUUCCCACUCUGUUCUUCUCAUUGAUUUUUUAUAUUAUCUGUUGUCCUAAUGUUGUGAGUGAUGAGGACGUCGAAGAGGAGGAGAAAUCCAGCGUUCAUCCCCAUUCGGAAUAAAACGAGAAACGAAUUACAAACAAAUUGCUGAUCAAAUAAGUCGACGUGUACAAGUGAUUUCGUACCUGAGAGACAUUAAAUUUUUUCCCCUAAAGGAUUAUAUUAUCACCCAAAUUACCAAAGUACCCAAAUUAAAAUAGAUUUUAUUGUUUAGAAAGGCAUUGGUUUUUAGAUUCCUGGGGCCUAUGAUUGCCAUUACAAU